AUUACCUUCAAACCAACGUUAUUUUCUACACACAUGUACAAGACAAUCAUCAUAGAUAAAAUCAAUUCAGUGAAAGAAAAUCAUACCAAGAAGGAAAAUCCGUCCGAGCAUACCAAAUGUAAGGACUGUAAUGAUUUGGGUCACUUUAAUAAAAAUUACCCGGGAUGCAAGUACCAUAAAGCUAUAUCCGCAGAUGAUGUUGGGACUCGCAAUAAGAAGAGAAAACAGAGCGCCAGUGUUAAAGCAGAGAAGAAAGCAGUGAAAAAGAAGAGAACAGCAUCACAGGCUGUAGAGUGUUCCAGUUGUGGGAAUGACGACCAUGCUUCUCCUCGUUCGCCUCUUUGUCCUAAUCACAUACAAUCAAAAGGACGAGGCCAUUGCAUCUGUCCUUGGCCAUGACCUCGUGCAUAAUAAGAAUGCCAUUCCUUCAGAAGUCUUCACACA